AUUAGUAUUCUCCUACCAGCUCCGCUAUAAAUCAAUCAUGGAGUCGUACGUGGUGAGCUGCAAAUAUGCUGAGCCGCACUUCCCGCCUUGUGAAGAAGAUUACGGCCAUUUUGCUGACCAAGGGGGGUUUUAUAACGGCCCCCAGGACGGUGGCUGCGCGUACGGCGGCCGCUACCAGGAGGCCGCGUACGCACCCCAGCCCGCCGCCUAUGAGCACCCCUUGCAGGGGGCAGCCGGGCAUCGCCCCCGUGAGGGAGCCGAGCGCCUGCCCCAGCAAGAUGCGCCUUUCCCCGGCGGCGGCGGCGAGCGUGAGGACGCGGCCGGGAAGGAGGCGGGGUACACGCAGUGGAUGACAGGCGCCAAUAAGCCCGCUCAGGUGCAGCGGAGAGGCGCUGGAGGUGCAUGCCAGGCCAAGGACAAGCCGCCCAUUGUGGUCUAUCCCUGGAUGAAGAAGGUGCACAUCGCCCACGUCAACCCAAACCACGUGGGCCCGGAACCCAAGCGCCUGCGGACGGCCUACACCCGCCAGCAGGUCCUGGAGCUGGAGAAGGAGUUCCACUUCAGCCGCUACCUGACGCGCCGCCGCCGCCUGGAGGUGGCCCACACGCUGUGCCUGUCCGAGCGCCAGGUCAAGGUGUGGUUCCAGAACCGCCGCAUGCGCUGGAAGAAGGACAACAAGCUGCCCAACACCAAGGGGCGCGGCAAGGCCAAGAAAGCCGCCGUGACGGACGGCGUGCACGAGGUCAAGUGACCCCGAGGGGUCCGGGGCCACGUGGAGGUCCUCCAACAUGGACAUCGUAGCUUAGCUCUUCUGUUAUCAUGCCAAAAAAAAAAAGUUCUGGAUCUUCUCAAACAAUUCCUUUCAUUCUCAUUUCAGGCCAUGCAGAUGAUUUGAGUUAAAGAGAACAGGGUUUGUUUUUGUUUUUCUUCGAAAUGAUGAUGAUUAUUAUUUCUACAGGGUAUACGCAUAAAACAGGGUUCUAUAUACAGCUCGGAUGUGAGGCUUCGUAUGCACGCGACCAAAAUGUUUCCACAUGAAGGACACCAGAGGCGCCAAAUGGACUGACUGUUGAUUUGCUUUGCAGCAGGACGAGCAGCCAUAUUGCACAGCUGAGCUCCAAAAGGUGCUUUUACUUGGAGGGUCUUAUAAUGCAGCCAACAUAUUUGUCUCAGGGUCUACUAACAGGGUUUUGUCCAUUCUGCAUGCUCACUAUAUAAGAAGAAUUAUGUCAUGUUUGUUUGUUUAUUAUACUGCCAGUACUUAAUUAUUUUUUUUUUGUUUAAUUUGUAUUGUCUUAAAGCAUAUUUUAUUCUUAGUAGCAAAUGUGUGUUUUUUUCUAUGUGCUCCGUAAAAAAAAAAGAAAUUCAACAAUGAGCAUUCGUGUAAACAAUUUUUAU